UCAAUAUGCUGUGAAUUUUAUCAUAAAAGGAAAAUGUUGCUUGUUAACCUUGAUACGUUGAUGUUGAUGAAUACAGCUAUUAAGAAGUCAUAAUAAUUUACACAGAGAGCGCUCUUGAUUGACAAAUAGCCAAUAUGUACGAGUAGGUACCUAACUUAUAAUAUUAACUGAAAGGAGGACUUGCAUUAAAGCUAAAACUAGGUAAAAUUAAUUGCUCAUGCGCUCGGAUUAAAUUAGACCAGCAAUCUUUUAAAACGCGAUAAGAUAUAGCUUGGUAGUAAAAAAUAUGUCUACACUGUCCAGUGCAGCCGAGUUUUCAGUGCAUUAAUUAACAACAACACAACUCUUCAUACAAAGCUACGUCUGACGUAGCACCUACUGAUGGAGCUUUUAAAUAGAAAAAUUAUAAAGCAACUGACUCUCCAUAAGCUUUAUUUUUCUUCUUCUUCUUACUCUAUGCUGUAGUAGAUACUAAUGAUGAAAUGAAAAAGCAUUGGAAACAUGCAGUAGCGUCACUCCGGAUACGCAUUUUUAAUUUCGAUAAAAUUAUUUGUUGUCUGAAUAAAAAAUAUUAGAGACAAAUAUCAAAAUAGGCCGAUUCUAAUAAUACAAAUAAAUAAUAUUACCUAUCUAUUAUGGUUUCAAGUAGGCAACGCAUUUUAGGAAACCAAUGCAAUGGUUAUUCAUUUUCGUAUGUAAACUCUGUUAUCAAAAAUAUCAAGCUGAUAACAACCAAGCAAAUUCUAGUACCUGAUACAGAACGUAGAAGUUGUAAAUUGAUUGGUUAUUGUGUGUAUUCAAUGGCAAAAUAUAUCUUCAGAAAUAAGUAAAACGUACAAAUUAUGUGAAAUUGUGAACUUCACGGAGAUACAUACAUUAUGGGGUGUUGUGGUGAUUGCUGUGUUCCGCCGAAAGAAUCUAGGGAGCCGAUAAAAUACGAUCCAGACUUCAAAGGGCCUAUCCACAAUAGGUCCUGCACAGAUAUAUUCUGGCUCAUACUUUUCUUACUCUUUCUCGGAGUAUGGGGUUUCGUCGGCUACUACGGUAUAAAAAACGGCGACGUCCAGAAGUUACUAGCCCCAAUCGACACCAAGGGCCGUCGCUGUGGACUGGACUCGGGUCUGGUGGAUAAGAAAAACUUGGUAUUUUUUAACAUAGCAAGAUGCCUGCAACCCGGAACGCCCAUCACUGGUUGUCCUACUCAACAGGUGUGUGUAAAGGAAUGCCCGUCUAAAACAGUAAUCUUCGAGACCGAGAUGACAGAGGCGACGUUCCCUUCUUUGAAACAGUACAUGGUCUGCACCGAUGAAGUAAACAUAAACGACAUGACCUACAGCCAAGCUAGAGACUAUAUGAGGGACGAAAAAUGCGCCAGUUAUGUUCUGCGAAGCACACCAGUUUUGUCCCGCUGCAUCGGCGACCUUUCGACGAUGCCUCAAUGUAAGAGCGCGAGCACCACGGCCAGUCCGUGGGCCUCGAGUGGGGCGGGCGGGACGUGCGUGAGGAACCCGAAGGUGGCGCAGGAGACGCUGCUUAACAGCGCCACCGCCCUCGACUCGUACGUGGGCUGGAUCGCGGCGAGCUGGGUGACCUUCUUCACCAGGAACGAACGUGACACCCAUGUCCUGUCGUCGCAGAUAGUACAGGACUUGGUGCAGUCCCGCUGGUACAUGGCGGGCGCGCUGGUGGCCGUGGUCGUCAUCUGCUUCGUCUACAUUCUGCUGUUACGCUGGGUGGUCACCCCCGUGGUCUGGGCAUCCAUAGCUGCCCUUCAUGGGGCACUUGGUUUUUCAUUAUAUCUGUGUUACCAGAACUACGCAUAUUAUCGCGCAAACCCUGUUAGCCUCCACCAGACCACCAACAUCAAGGGCUACGCGGAAUCCUUGUUGACAAAACAGGAGACGUGGAUGGUCCUUCUUGUAAUCAUUGCAGUUGUACUCGUCAUACUGUUACUAUUGGUCAUAUUUUUGAGGAAGCGAAUCACAAUAGCUAUAGCCCUUAUACGUGAAGGAAGCAAGGCCAUAAUAUCUAUCAAAACUACGGUAUUCUUCCCAAUACUGCCUUGCAUUCUGCAGUGCGCCGUCAUUGCAUACGGAGUAAUCGUGCUCAUGUAUAUCAUGUCAAUGGGAGAAUCUGCUUUCCGUAUUGUGAACCUCAAAAAUGAUACCAAUUGCAACUGCAAAGGAGUAUACACGGAAGAUUACGUCUCAUGCAAUCCACUGCAAUUCAGCAUAAGCUGCAGCGACGCCAGUGGCCACGCUUGCAAUCUCGCCACCUGCCAUUUCACCGGCCUGGACGGUCCUACGAGCGUCGUAUAUUUGCAUCUUGCCAAUUUGUUGGGAUUCUUCUGGACGAUGUUCUUCAUCAGCGGCGUGUCGGACAUGAUGCUCGCGAGCACUUUCUCCACGUGGUACUGGACGUUCCAUAAGAAAGACCUUCCAUUCUUCACGCUCACGGCUGGGAUCUGUAGGACAUUGCGCUACCACUUGGGUACAGUGGCAUUGGGUGCGCUGAUCAUAGCAAUAGUACGAAUCAUCCGUGUCAUACUGGAGUACAUCGACCACAAACUGAAGAAAUUUGACAAUCCUUUCACUCGUUGCGUCCUAUGCUGCUGCAAAUGUUUCUUCUGGUGCUUGGAAAAUUUCCUCAAGUUUAUCAAUAAGAAUGCGUAUAUUAUGUGCGCUGUACACGGGAAAAACUUCUGUAAGAGUGCACGAGAUGCAUUUUCGUUGCUAAUGAGGAAUAUCAUAAGAGUUGUGGUCUUAGACAAGGUCACAGACUUCAUAUUCUUUUUGUCAAAACUGGUGAUCUCAAUCGGCGUCGGCUUCGCCGUGUAUUACCUCCUGCAGUGGAACUACGUGUACGAGGUGACGCAGGGCGAGCGGCUCCACUACAACUACAUUCCAGCCAUCAUAUUGAGCAUAGCCACAUACCUCAUCAGUACUAUAUUCUUCAGUGUAUACUCUAUGGCAGUAGACACAUUGUUCCUCUGUUUCCUGGAAGACUGUGAAAGAAAUGAUGGAUCUCCAGAGAAACCAUACUUCAUGUCCAAAAACCUGAUGCGAAUACUUGGAAAGAGGAACAAAAUAGAAUAGAACAAGUGCCA